AUGAUUGCUAUAACUGAUCUUCAGGACAUAAUAACCACUUUCAACACACAACCAUACUUCUACAUCAAUAUUAUAGCAUCCCUUUGUUUUCUACUAUAUCACAUAAAGUCUCAAAAUGUGUAUUCAAUAGUGUUGCUUGUAUGGGGGAGCUUCAUCACCACUAUCACCCAAUUGAAACUAGUGUCGUCGCUGAACUUUGAUUGCUUUCUUCUCAGUAUAAUCUACUGUGUAUCCAUAUUUUUGACCAGUGUGGUGACUCCGUACCAUUCCACCAGCUAUGGGCCCCAAAUUCAACUCGAUGAACUGGAUGAAUCUGACUUUUCCGGUGAUGAAAUGGAUUACAAUGAAAAGCAAUUACCCCGACAAUCAACUAAUUUUAGAGGAUUGAGUGCACUUGUAUUAGCAGGUAUUAUGCUACUAUCUUACACCGGUUACAUUGGUGAAAUCGGCACAUUUAUAAUGUUGUCACUUACAUAUGCUGCUACAGUUGGCUCCAGUGUCAUUGCCAACUUCACUACAUCGAAAAAUACCACUGAUUUCAGACACAUAUUAUCUAAUCUCAUCUAUAGCUAUAACGCUAUACUAAUUAUUAUUGCUCAUUGGAUAUUGGUUGUACAUAUUGGGUUGGAUUUGGUGGCAUUAACAUCGUAUGCUGUAUUGACGUUUUUCUCAUUCACAUUCUUUCCCUACAUAGAGUAUAUAGUUAAUUAA